AUGCUGCUGCGGCUCCUGGUGCUGCUGGGCGCCUGCCCGGGGCUGUCGCGCUGCCUGGGCUCCUUCGUGCAGUGCGAGCCCUGCGAUGCCAAGGCGCUGUCGCUCUGCCCGCCGCCGCCGCUGGGCUGCGAGCUGGUGAAGGAGCCGGGCUGCGGCUGCUGCCUCACCUGCGCCCUGCCCGCCGGGCAGCCCUGCGGCGUCUACACCGAGCGCUGCGCCCGCGGGCUGCGCUGCCUCCCGCGCCAGGGCGAGGAGAAGCCGCUGCACGCCCUGCUCCACGGCACCGCCGUCUGCCUCAGCGAGAAGAGCUACCGCGAGCAAGCCAAGGCCGAACGGGAGUCCCGGGAGCACGAGGAGCCGACCACAUCGGAGAUGACAGAGGAGUCCUACCCGCCCAAGGCCUACCGGCCCAAGCACGGGCGCCUCUCUGAGCUCAAGGCCGAAGCCCUGAAGAAGGAUCGCCGGAAGAAGCUGACGCUGGCCAAGUUCGUGGGCAUGGCUGAGAACACGGCCCACCCUCGUGUCGUCAUCCCCGAGCUCCGUCAGGAGUUUGAGCUGGGCCCGUGCCGCAGGCACAUGGAGGCGUCGCUGCAGGAGCUGAAGAGCAGCCAGCGGAUGGUCCCCCGCGCUGUCCACCUCCCCAACUGCGACCGCAAGGGCUUCUACAAGAGGAAGCAGUGCAAGCCCUCCCGGGGCCGGAAGCGUGGAUUGUGUUGGUGUGUGGACAAGUAUGGCAUGAAGCUGCCGGGGACUGACUUCCUGAGUGGAGACCUGCAGUGCCACGCGUUCGACAGCAGCAAUGUGGAGUGAAGCCGCAUCCCCUCCCUCCGCCCCAUCACUAUCUACCCAGACUCCCACCCUCCCCUCUGCACCUCCCCACACCCCGGGACUCCGAUUCCUUUCAUCUCAUGUAAGAAGAAAAAAGGAAGGAAAAGAAAAAAGAGAAAGAAAGGAAAAUGGAAAAAAAACAGAAAGGGAAAGAAAGAAAGGAGAGAAGUAAGGAAAGGAAAAGUAAAAAUGAGAGAAAAGAAAGAAAAAAGAGAAAAGAAAAGGAAAAAAGAAAAUUAAAAAAGAGAAAAUAAGAGAAAAGAAAGAAGAGAAAAGGAAAAAAAGAGAAGAGAGAAAAAUAAACCCUGAAGAAACUGAGGACUCGGAAUCUACAGCAGCCUUUUGACAAGGACUCAGCAAGGAAAGGAUAGAGCCAGAGACAAACCAGCCAUGGCCGCUCUGCCGUCCUGCACCUGUCCCCAAUGCUACCUGCACCCCUCUGCCACAAGCAGAGGUCACCCCGACGUAGGAAGCUCUCCAAGUUGGUGAUUUUCCAGUAUGGGUUUUGGGCAGGUUCAUUUUUAUUUUUAUAUUUUUUUCAUGUUAGCUAGUUGAUUUCUGAAGAGUCUUGAGAGAAAAUUUUGUGGCCACCAGCGUUCCCCUUGCAGUCGUCCAGAGUGUCCUCCCCUUGUUGCUGGGACUCACUUGAGUUGAUUUCCAUCUCAAAUGACUGCCCCCAGUCCAGGCAGAUUUCAGCAAGGGAGGAGACAUGGGACUGUUCGCUCUGUGUCUGGAGAUAAGCUGGGGAGGGAAACACAGAUCCUGCAACAGCACAAAUACCCCCAGAAAGUAUCUGGACUUCAAAAAAAAUCAUCACAAAAGGAAAUACAGUCUUCCCUGUCCGGUUCAUCUUGAUUGGCAGAUCAGAAUUUUUCUUGGACAAGCAGGACUCUGACCUUUGUCCAUCCAGGUGUGAAAGUGUUCAUCACCUGCGUGCCACUUGUGUGUGCAUUGACCUGGCUUUCCCUCAUUGCAACACUUCACCUUGAACUCUGGAGAUUUCAAUGUAAUAUGCAGCUGGGGGAUAUGCUGCUCCUCCCAAAAACAAUUAAUAACCUGCUGGAUUAAGCACAGAAGCGAAGUUAUGGAGGAGCAUCGGUGCCUGUGGAAUCAGGGCCUCAUUAACAUUGAGGACUGCAUCACUGUUCAGACUGAAGUAUCCCCUACAUGGGGACAGGGGAAUCAGGGCCAAAACUCCUCACCACAUUUUGCCACCACAAAGACAACCAAACAAUGGAGAUUUUUUUUUUUUUUUUCACAGCCAAAAAUAUGGUUUGCUCCAGGGAAAAAAAAAAACCCCAAACCUCCACUUUGUUUCAUCAUGGUUUUUUGUUAAGGCUGGUUUAUAGCUUUCCCCAUGAGUAGGAGAAUGCCAGUCUCCAUCCUUUUGCAUUGAGGAUACUGCUCAUGUUGCCAUGGCUGAUUCCCACCACCCUGCAGUAAGAUCCUGUGAUGGGUCCUUGCCUUUAACCUGGGACACAGCUCCUUGUUGAGUGACAGCUGCCACCGUACCAUGGAGACCCACUGCCUUGGGCAUGCUGGGACAGCCCUCGGCUGCCUUCCUGACUCAUUUGUUGUUUUUAACAUUUGCAUUUGAUUUUGGGACUCUGGCCUCUUGCUUAUCCAUGACAAGGGUCUCCAUGAUGUUGGUGCUGGAAGGAGAUCCUGCAGCGAACAGAAGAAAAGAAAGGGAGCUGUGGGGUCUGGGUGCUGUGGUGAGGAAACACACCUGCUGGGAACCACAUCCUACUGCCACAGCUGGAGCUGGCAGCCAACACUGGCCAAAGGACACAGCUGAUCUCAGGUGGAAGAUUCCUGAACCCCCAAAUCCCUUUGAGCUUCCUGGACCUGGGCAGAGAAAAAUGGAGGUCCACAGCACCACUGGGGCCCCACCAGUGGGGAUAGGACAAGGGGGAUUCAGCACUAAGGAGUUCUGGUGAAGGCUCCUUGCCAUCGCAGGUUGGGAGCCCUCACAGCCUCCCGUGAGAUGACAUUACUUCCCUAAGCACUCCGUGGGCCCCCCACCAGAAUGUUACCCUGAUGGAGGGCAGGAAUGGACACCUGCGGUUAUUUCCCUCCAAGUGACAGUGGGGGCGAAUUUUGCCUAUGGACUUCCACAGAAACCAGCGGAACACAUUUCAGCCUGGGGACAAAGCACCUUCCCAGGCUUGAAAGGAUGGAAGUGUGCCAUCAAAUGCAGAUCUGCCCCCAAAAAAGCCUGUUGGAAUGGCGUAACUCCGUGUUGUUGGAGGGGAGCAUGGUGGGGGCUGAGAGAGGGACGCCUCCAGGCUCUGCAGGGCUGAUGGAGCAGGGUUGGUUUAACCAGAGUGGUGGAUUAAUGCUGGGGUGCAAGUGGAGUGAAGAAUGGGGUAAAGACAGCAGGAGGAGGAGGAGCUUGUGCUAACCCCAAGGGCCACUGGACACCAUUGUUGACACUGUCCGCUUGCUGAUCCCUGUGCAAAACCUCCUGACUGUCAUAGGCCAGUACCACCUUUCCCAGGACCCUUCCUUCCUUCUCUCUUCCUUUCUUACUUUUUUUUGGUUGGUUUGUUUGUUUUGUUGUUUAAUUUCCCAAAACUUGAAAGCCUUUGGCUGCAGAGAAAGGGUUCCCCUGGGGUGGGAUGGGAGCAGACAGAGGGCAGCAGAUGCCCGUGGACCUUGCCUUUUGGGGAGGAUGCUUUUGCAGGGUGAGGGUUGGCUCACAGGGGCCCAUGGUGGUGUCACAAGGAGGCCACCACAGACACUGGGAAGGGGACACAGGACAAUGCUCUGUCCUCUCCCUAAAAAGCAAGUCUACAUGGUCCUGGGAGCCCAGAGUACCAAAAUCCAUCCCACACAGCCUCCCUCACCCUUGCACACCCCAUGCUGGGAUGGCAUUGCCUGUCCUGUCCCCACAAACCUGGUGGGAGGAUGAUGGGCAUUUGGGUUGCACCACGCUCACCCCCCAGAUCACCUUGGCUCCCAGGAUGGGGCACCAAGUGACCCCCCCCCCAGCUGCCCACUCCCUUAAGGAUCCCCGGCAGGACGAGGCUGUUUACAGGCUGCACUAAUAUUUAGGACUGGGGUUGGAGCCUGGAUUGGGCUGGGAAUGAGAGUGACUUCAGGAGGGCUUGGUCACCCUCUAGGGUGGCAGUGAUGAGGUGCACCCGUUCUCAGCACCCAGCAGCACCCCUCUGCAUUUAGGAUGAGAGAACCAGAAGGGGCAGAUUUGGAAGCUGGGGAGGGUUGAGGCACACCGGGAGAUGUGGGCAAUUUGUGCAUUGGGGGGGUUGUAAGGCUCAGGGGUCUCUGGCUAUGGUAUUUGCACCGAGCCCACGUUGGUAUCUAGGAUGCGAGUUGGGAAGGAGAGGACAAGGAUGGCUCAGGACAGCCCUUCCACCACAUCUGCCCGGGGAGCAGCACUCAGUGGCUGGGCUACUCCUUGUCUGUACUGCAGUGGACUUCGAAAACCACUAGUACAAGAGCAUUUUGCACUAUUUCUCUGCUCUCUCCCCCCUUCCCCUUUUCUCCGCCUUCCCCAAGAAAAUUCUUUGCUGUUGGUUUAAUUUUCUUUUUUUCUUUUUCUUUUUUUUUUUUGGUUUUGUUUUUUUGUUUUGUUGUUGUUGUUGUUGAUUUUUUUUUCCCCCAAAUGGAGCAUUGUAUAUUUAAAGAACUGUCAGUUCACCUCGCUUCCAGACCGCUGUCCUGGCCCUGGCUAGGAGCCCUGCCUGCUGUGGCCCCCUCCCCAGCCCCACCAGCCACCGUCACUGCCACCGGGACAGACGUCACCAUGCACGUUACCCACCGUUGUAACACAGUUGUUAAAACACACCAGAUUCCGAGUUUCCUGCCUGGUUUUUAUCUUUAAGCAAUACUCACUACACAUUUUACGGUAGCUUUUUAUAGCUUUACAUACAUACGGUAGCUCUGUUGUUUCGUUUUGGUUUUGUUGUUUUGUUGGUUUUUUUUUUUUUUCCAGUAAACAAGAAAUACUCAUAAUCUUACUGGUGGGAAAAAAAAAGAAAAAAAAAAAAAAAGCAGUUUGUGAAAAACUGACAAUGGAAGAAGAGCUUAAUGCUCUGUUUAGCAUUUUGUACUUAAAAAAAAAAAUCUCACAUUUUAUUAAAAAGUGAAGAUUGCUGUAUACUAUUUAUUCAACUUAUAAUUUAUGUUACUCUUUGAUCUUUGUCUUUUCUCAUGACAAAGCAUUUAUUUAAUAAAGUUAUGCAUUCAGUUA